AUGGGGACCAAAGGCGUUCAGCUUUUGGUUGAUUCUUUUCGAAACAACACAACACUCACCCAAAUCAGAUUCGUAAGCAAUGAAAUCGAUGAUGAAGGUGUUCAACUUCUGACCAAUGCUUUGCGAAAUAACACGACACUUAAAAGGCUCAUCUUCGGCGGCGCAGAAAUCGGAAAUAAGUCGGCUGAAGAUAUAGCUAAUAUUAUACGAAAUAACACUGCGCUCACCGAACUUGACCUCUGGAAAAAUGAAAUCGAAAGCGAAGGACGAGCCCAAUGUCUGGCUAAUGCUUUACGCAAUAGCACAACAAUCACAAAUCUCCACCUUCGCGCUAAUCGAGUCGGAGUCAAAGGAGCUCAACAUCUGGUCGAUGCUUUACGAAAUAAUAAGACACUCAUCGAGCUCGAUCUCUCAUACGAUCUACUCGGAGACGAAGCCAUCCAAAGUCUGGCUGAUAUUUUACGGAAUAGCAAUACACUGAUCGAUCUCAACCUCUAUGGAAAUGAAAUUGGAAGCGGAGGGGCCCAACAUCUGGCUGAUGCUUUACGGAACAACAAAACACUCAGCAAACUCAGCCUUUAUGGAUGCAAAAUAGGAAAUGCAGGCGCCCAAUAUAUGGCUGAUGCUUUACGAAUCAACACAACACUCACCGAACUCUCGCUGAAUGACAAUGAAAUCGAUGAAGCUACACGGCAUGUGGUUGACACUUCGAAAAAAAGUGCCGAAUUAGUGAUUGGUUGGUGA